GAAUCUCUCUCUCUCACACACAAACAGUUCUCUCCGGUGUCAGACCAAGAGUGUUCCGAUUGGUCCCCGCUCUGCCACACUUCUGGGAGGAGCCACUUCCUCACCUUUAUCUGCCUCUUAUUUCCUCUCGAUCUCUCGAUCCUGAUAACAUUUCUAUCCCAUCUCCCUCUCCCUUCUUCUUCUGUGGUCGUGGAUCGCCGCCCCUCCAGUUAUCCUUCUCUUGUCCUCUUUUGGAUUCUGAGGACCGGCGGAUACACAUAUUCUAUUUUAAUAUAAGCAACUGGGGAAAAAAAAAGGAACGGAUGCCGUGUCAGGCAUUAUCCCUCCCGAGUGACGAUCGAAAACGGACAUAUAUCCCUCCAGACUCAAUCAUUCUUCCUUUUUUUAUUUCGGCUACCUCACUGAGCCCUGCCCCGCCCGGUCAACCUCUCACUCCCACUUUUCCCUCUCUCUCACCAAUCUCCUGAGGUAAGAUCUGGGGUGCCUCGAUUUCCCUUCCUAUUCUUGCCAUCCUUGGUCUUUUGAAACUGCCCAUUAGAAGCAGAUAGCUUCCCUCCUCUCCCCUGUCUUCUUUCUCCCCUGUGACUAUCAACUAAGUAACCAUGACGCCGAAACCGUUGGACUACGAGUCGCUGAACGAGAAUGUGAAGAAGGUCGCAUAUGCCGUUAGAGGAGAGCUUUAUUUUCGGGCCUCCGAGCUACAGAAGGAAGGGAAGAAGAUCAUAUUUACAGAUGUUGGCAACCCUCAUGCUCUAGGACAGAAGCCAUUAUCAUUUCCUCGUCAGGUGGUAGCAUUAUGUCAAGCUCCAUUUUUACUAGAUGAUCCUAAUGUUGGACUUCUCUUCCCAGCAGAUGCCAUUGCAAGGGCUAGACAUUAUCUUUCAAUGACUUCGGGUGGUUUAGGUGCAUAUAGUGAUUCUCGAGGCAUUCCUGGAGUAAGAAAGGAAGUUGCUGAUUUUAUUGAGAGGCGUGAUGGGUACCCUAGCGAUCCAGAGCUUAUAUUUCUCACUGAUGGUGCCAGUAAAGGUGUCAUGCAGAUGCUAAACACCAUUAUCAGAGAUGAGAAGGAUGGGAUUUUGGUUCCGGUUCCCCAGUACCCCCUUUAUUCUGCUGCAAUAUCAUUAUGUGGUGGUUCUCUUGUCCCAUAUUAUUUAGAAGAGGAGGCAAACUGGGGACUUGACUUCUAUAAUAUUCACCAAUCUGUAGCAGCAGCACAUUCAAAAGGGAUAACCGUUCGAGCUAUGGUGAUCAUAAACCCAGGAAACCCUACGGGUCAAUGUCUUAGUGAGGCCAACAUAAGGGAAUUGUUGAAAUUUUGUUUCCAAGAAAAUCUAGUCCUGCUAGCAGAUGAAGUUUAUCAGCAAAACAUUUAUCAGGAUGAACGACCCUUUGUGAGUGCAAGAAAGAUACUGUUCGACAUGGGUCCACCUAUAAGCAAAGAGGUCCAACUUGUGUCUUUCCACACUGUGUCAAAAGGAUAUUGGGGAGAAUGCGGACAGCGGGGAGGAUACUUUGAGAUGACUAAUCUUCCUUCUCAGACAGUAGAUGAGAUCUACAAGGUUGCAUCUGUUUCGCUCAGUCCGAAUGUCCCUGGGCAGAUCUUUUUAGGGCUGAUGGUUAAUCCUCCCAAAGCAGGAGACAUCUCAUAUUUGAAGUUGGUUCAAGAGAGCAAAGCUGUUCUUGAGUCCCUUAGGAGAAGAGCACAUAUAAUGACUGAUGGAUUUAAUAGUUGCAGAAAUGUGGUUUGCAAUUUUACAGAAGGAGCCAUGUAUUCAUUCCCACAAAUACGCUUACCACUGAAGGCAAUUGAAGCUGCCAGAAAGGCUGGCAAAGCUCCUGAUGUUUUCUAUUGCCUCAAACUCUUGGAAGCAACCGGCAUUGCCACUGUUCCAGGCUCUGGUUUUGGCCAGAAAGAAGGUUCGUUUCAACAGAAAUCAUUAGUUCUGUCUUUUCCCUCUUGGAGCAGGGUUUUUCAUCUAAGAACAACCAUCUUGCCGGCGGAGGAAGACAUGCCUGCAAUCAUGACAAGUUUUAGGAAAUUCAAUGAUGAGUUUAUGGAACAAUAUGAAGACUACAGAGGCUACUCGAGGAUGUAAGUUUGUGAAAGCAUAUUACAGAUGAUUUCUUAAGAUCUUAUUAUACAAUCGCUGGUACAUGAAAAAAAUAAACACAAGCCUCACUCUCCAUGUGAAGGAAUCAGUCUAUCGGCAUUUUUGACUUUUCUCUUUGCCAUUAUUCUUCUGUUGGUUGUGUCUAUUUAUUCGAAGCUUGUAAUUGUUUUCCGAAGCACUUGUCAUAUGUUAUGGUCUUCAUCAUAUGCAUAUAAUCUUCUUUUAAAAAA